CCCUCGGCGGCCCGCUCGGCCCGGCCUAUAAAGGGGCUUCCGCGGCCGACGCCGCCUCCUCUCUGCUCGCGGCCUCGGAGGAGGAAAGGAAGAAAAAAACGCAUUAAAAUUAUUUAAAACAAAAAAACCCUUAAAAAGAGCAAAAAAAGAAAAAAACCAAAGGAAAAAAAUCCCGCCUGAUGAUCCAGGAGGAGGGUAACGGGCAGGGCAGCGCAGCGCGGGAGGGAGGGAGGGAAAGGAGAGCGGCUGACUGAGGUGCCUCCGUCCUCUUCGCCUCGCUCACGCCGGCCCCGCUUCUCUUCUCCUACUCAAGCUUCCCGUUUGUGCCCCCCCCUCUUGAAACUAGCUCCUUAUUAAACACCCCCCCUCCCUCCAAACCCGCGUUCGUUCAACCGCCGCCUUCGGGCUCAGCCGUCCCUCGUGUGGAGGUCGAGUACGCCCCCCCCCCUCGUUUUGUGGCCUGGCUACAUUUUUUUGCUUGGCUUUUUCUCCCCCCUCCCCGGAUUCUAGAAUCUGCCCCCGUCAGAAUCCGUUUAUCUCGACUUCCCUCCCGUCCCGUCCCUUCCCUUCCCGUCAGCGCAGAUUCUCCUGCGCUCCUUCCCCUCCUCCCUAUUCAGAGCCCUCUUUUUGAUCCCGUUUUGGGGAGGCUGUUUUCCACCCCGUCCCACUCUUUCGGCUUCUCUAGCUGACCUCCCUGCCUCCCUCCCCGAGGUCCUUUUCUCGGCCUUUCUGCCUCCUUGGCGAUCACACUGUCCAUUUUAAUGUUAAGAUAUUUAAGCCUCUAGGCAACGACAGGAAACUUUGCUGAACCCACAAAUGAGCCGCCCGGGAUCUAUUUUAUGUAUGUUGCAUAAAUAAAAAUUAUGGGACAAUAAGCUCCCAUGAAUAGAUGUUUAAGAUAAUAUAGUUUUUGUUUUUUUCAGAGUUAUUUUUUUAAUUAGACGUAAGACGUUAAGACUGAAACUGUCGGUAAUUACUUGAAGUAGAUUUCCCAGCUGAAUAUUUUGCAGGGGAAGAGUGAAAGAAUUUUUAUUUUUAAAGGUGUAAUUGGAAAUUAUUUAAGUAAAUAUUUAACUUUUUAAAAUGUUCCUGCCUCUUCACUUUUAUCUGGGUCUGAAGUAAUUUUUUUCUGACAGAGAUACUGUUACCUGGUUAUGUCUUGGCCUUUCUCAAACACUAAAUUUUGAUAUCUGCACUCUUCGUGUUAGCUGCUUUUUCUUCUCUGAUACAGAGUUAUCUUCAGCAGCCAUUUCAGUCUUUUUUUUUGAGACCCUGACUAGCUCUGGUUUUAAAUUCCCUCUAAACUAGUGGUUUUCUUUCAAAGAUUUUAUUUUAAAAAAAUAAAUUAAAAGCCUAACAGUAGCACCUUUGGGCGGGAGUGUGUGGAGAGUGGAAGAUGAACACAGCUGCUAGUAGCUACCCAAUGGCAUCAUUAUAUGUGGGUGAUCUUCACCCUGAUGUCACGGAGGCCAUGCUCUAUGAGAAGUUCAGCCCUGCUGGUCCCGUGCUCUCCAUCCGUGUCUGCAGAGAUAUGAUCACCCGUCGUUCCCUGGGAUAUGCUUAUGUCAACUUCCAGCAGCCAGCAGAUGCAGAACGAGCUCUGGACACCAUGAACUUCGAUGUGAUCAAAGGGAAGCCCAUCCGCAUCAUGUGGUCUCAGCGGGAUCCUUCCCUGAGGAAAUCCGGGGUAGGAAAUGUCUUCAUUAAGAAUCUGGACAAAUCCAUAGACAACAAGGCACUUUAUGACACGUUCUCAGCUUUUGGGAAUAUCCUUUCCUGCAAGGUGGUGUGUGACGAGAACGGCUCUAAGGGCUAUGCAUUUGUGCACUUUGAAACACAGGAUGCUGCGGACCGGGCCAUUGAGAAGAUGAAUGGCAUGCUGCUGAACGACCGCAAAGUAUUUGUUGGCAGAUUCAAAUCCCGAAAAGAGCGUGAGGCAGAAUUGGGAGCCAAAGCCAAGGAGUUCACCAAUGUUUACAUUAAGAAUUUUGGAGAUGAUAUGGAUGAUGAGAGGCUCAAGGAGCUUUUCAGCAAAUAUGGCAAGACCCUCAGUGUGAAAGUCAUGACAGACCCUACUGGGAAGUCCAAAGGCUUUGGCUUUGUGAGCUUUGAAAAGCAUGAAGAAGCUAACAAGGCAGUGGAAGAAAUGAAUGGAAAAGAUAUCAAUGGGAAAAUGGUGUUUGUGGGCCGUGCACAGAAAAAAGUAGAACGCCAGGCAGAACUGAAACGGAAGUUUGAGCAGUUGAAGCAAGAAAGAAUCAGUCGUUAUCAGGGAGUUAAUUUGUAUAUUAAGAACCUUGACGAUACAAUUGAUGAUGAAAAACUGAGGAAGGAGUUCUCACCUUUUGGUUCCAUCACAAGUGCCAAGGUGAUGCUGGAAGAUGGUCGAAGCAAAGGUUUUGGCUUCGUCUGCUUCUCCUCUCCAGAGGAAGCCACCAAAGCUGUAACAGAAAUGAAUGGGCGCAUUGUGGGCUCCAAGCCAUUGUAUGUUGCCUUGGCACAGAGGAAGGAGGAGCGGAAGGCCCACCUCACCAACCAGUAUAUGCAGCGCAUUGCCGGGAUGAGAGCUCUGCCCGCCAAUGCGAUCAUCAAUCAGUUCCAGCCAGCUGCAGGUGGCUAUUUCAUGCCUGCAGUACCCCAGGCUCAGAGCAGACCCACUUACUAUGCACCUAAUCAGAUGACUCAGAUGAGACCCAACCCACGCUGGCAGCAAGGGGGAAGACCUCAAGGCUUCCAAGGAAUGCCCAACACCAUGCGCCAGUCUGGACCGCGGCCUUCACUACGCCAUCUGGCUCCAGCUGGUAAUGCCCAGGCCUCACGUGGCCUGCCCGCUGCCUCCCAAAGGGUUGGUGUUACCAACACUGGUCCAAACUUAGCACCUCGACCCCCUGUGGCUGCCCAGGCUCCCAGAGCAGUUCCUCCGUACAAAUAUGCCUCGAGUGUCCGUAGCCCACACCCAACAGUACAGCCUUUGCAGGCCUCGCAGCCUGCUGUUCACGUGCAGGGGCAGGAGCCCUUAACUGCUUCCAUGCUGGCUGCUGCCCCUCCCCAGGAGCAAAAACAGAUGCUGGGAGAACGUUUGUUCCCCCUUAUCCAAGCUAUGCAUCUCAGCCUUGCGGGAAAGAUCACAGGAAUGCUGCUAGAGAUUGACAACUCAGAGCUGCUGCACAUGUUGGAGUCUCCAGAAUCGCUCCGCUCAAAGGUGGAAGAGGCUGUGGCAGUGUUGCAGGCACACCAAGCCAAGAAAGAAGCUGCCCAGAAAGUGGGCAUAGUUGCUGCUACCUCUUAAACCAGGAAGACUGGUUGUAAAGAAGCCAAAUGGGCCCCUCUCUGGAAGUCAUCAGCUGAAGAUGUUUAGAAUUAACUUUUGUCCUGCACUUAUCAACACCAUGCAACGUAUCAUUUACAGAUGCCCCAGUGUGGAAAUGUUUUAAUAUGCCUUAUCUGAAAAAACAAAAAUUCUCUUACAACAUUUGGAUUUCCAAGACUUAAAUAUGCAACUUUUCAUUGCCAUUACAAAGUUUAGUCUUUUUUUUUGUCUUCCAUAAGCAGGACACUGAAAAGUUUUCUGAUUGAACGUUUUCAUUUGUGGUUUUGGCUUUAAUUGAAAAAAUAAAUCUCACUUGCAAUGCCUGGAAAGUGUUUAUCAAUAAAGGAAUUUUAAACAAA